CAGAAAUACCAAAGCAGCAUUUUUCCUGGACUUGUUCUGCAGAGCACUCAGAUUUGAAAGCCAUUUCUAGCCUUUGAGGAUUACCACUGUCCUCAGCCAAACUGCAGGGACUCCUAAGUAGAUCAGAGCUCCUGGAACUUUCUCAUCUUUUCAGCAUCUCAACCCUGUGGAAUCUUUCAACUCCCAAGUGCUACCAGGACAUUUGCCAUGUACUCUGGAAUCCCUCUGGAAGGAGCUGUCCUCACAGCAUGAAGGAUUAGAGGAGUUAAUAAAUGAGCAAACCCAACCUUUCUUCUGGGGAAUUGUGGUCCUCUCUAGAAGCUAGGCUGUGGACCUGAAUUUGCAGGAGAAGCCAGGAGUCAUCUGUGAUACUCUGCUGAUAGCAUAGAACAGCCCUGGCAGGGCCAGGACUACUGCACUCGCACUGCCCUUACUUUGAAGCAGAAGCUGGUGAACAUGGGGGGCUACACUGGGAAGGUGUGUGUCAGGGCCAAGGUCCUCUGCCUGAGUCCUGAGAGCAGCGCAGAGGCCUUGGAGGCUGCAGUGUCUCCGAUGGAUUACCCUGCAUCCUAUAGCCUUGCAGGCACCCAGCACAUUGGAAGCCCUGCUGCAGUCUCGUGAUUGUCUUGCUCGGCUUCAGGUCUCUCUUGAGUGACCUGCUCAGCUAUGAGGUUUUAAAUCUGCUCACAGCCCAGCAGUAUGAGAUAUUCUCCAGAAGCUUCCACAAGAACAGAGAAUUGUUUGUCCAUGGCUUACCUGGCUUAGGAAAGACCAUCAUGGCCAUGAAGAUCAUGGAGAAGAUCAGGAAUGUGUUUCACUGUGAGGCACACAGAAUUCUCUACAUUUGUGAAAGUCAGUUUCUGAGGAAUUUCAUCAGGUGCAAGUUCAACAUGGAGGCAAAUCACUGCUCCCUGGGUGUGUAUCCAUCUUACCCAGACCUGGUCAUCGAUGUCGGAGAAGUGACUCUUGGAGAAGAAAACAGAAAAAAGCUGCAGAAAACUCAGAGAGACCAAGAGAGGGCGAGAGUUAUACGGGCUGCGUGUGCUUUAUUAAACUCAGGAGGAGGAGUGAUUCGGAUGGAAAUGGCCAACAAGGAUGAGCGUCCCACAGAGAUGGGACUGGAUUUAGAAGAAUCCUUGAGAAAGCUUAUUCAGUAUCCAUAUUUGCAGGCUUUCUUUGAGACUAAGCAACAUGGAAGGUGUUUUUACAUUUUUGUUAAAUCUUGGAGUGGUGAUCCUUUCCUUACAGAUGGUUCUUUCAGUUCCCGCAUUUGCAGCCUUAGUUCUUCAUUAUACUGUAGAUCUGGCACCUCUGUGCUUUGCAUGAAUUCAAGACAGGCAUUCGAUUUCCUGAAGACCAAGGAAAGACAGUCCAAAUAUAAUCUGAUUAAUGAAGGGUCUCCACCUAGUAAAAUUGUGAAAGCUGUAUACCAGAACAUAUCUGAGUCAAAUCCUGCAUAUAAAGUUUUCCAAACUGACACUAUUGAAUAUGGUGAAAUCCUAUCUUUUCCUGAGUCUCCAUCCAUAGAGUUUAAACAGUUCUCUACAAAACACAUCCAACAAUAUGUAGAAAAUAUAAUUCCAGAGUACAUCUCUGCAUUUGCAAACACUGAGGGAGGCUAUCUUCUUAUUGGAGUGGAUGAUAAGAGUAGGAAAGUCCUGGGAUGUGCCAAAGAACAGGUUGACCCUGACUCUUUGAAAAAGGUAAUUGCAAGAGCAAUUUCUAAGUUGCCCAUUGUCCAUUUUUGCUCUUCAAAACCUCGGGUAGAGUACAGCACCAAAAUCGUAGAAGUGUUUUGUGGGAAAGAGUUGUAUGGCUAUCUCUGUGUGAUUAAAGUGAAGGCAUUCUGUUGUGUGGUGUUCUCGGAAGCUCCCAAGUCAUGGAUGGUGAGGGAGAAGUACAUCCGCCCCUUGACAACUGAGGAAUGGGUAGAGAAAAUGAUGGACGCAGAUCCAGAGUUUCCUCCAGACUUUGCUGAGGCCUUUGAGUCUCAGUUGAGUCUAUCUGACAGUCCUUCACUUUGCAGACCAGUGUAUUCUAAGAAAGGUCUGGAACACAAAGCUGAUCUACAACAACAUUUAUUUCCAGUCCCACCAGGACAUUUGCGAUGUACUCCAGAGUCCCUCUGGAAGGAGCUGUCUUUACAGCAUGAAGGACUAAAGGAGUUAAUACACAAGCAAAUGCAACCUUUCUCCCAGGGAAUUGUGAUCCUCUCUAGAAGCUGGGCUGUGGACCUGAACUUGCAGGAGAAGCCAGGAGUCAUCUGUGAUGCUCUGCUGAUAGCACAGAACAGCACCCCCAUUCUCUACACCAUUCUCAGGGAGCAGGAUGCAGAGAGCCAGGACUACUGCACUCGCACCGCCUUUACUUUGAAGCAGAAGCUAGUGAACAUGGGGGGCUACACUGGGAAGGUGUGUGUGAAGGCCAAGGUCCUCUGCCUGCGUCCUGAGAGCAGCACAGAGGCCUUGGAGGCUGCAGUGUCUCCGAUGGAUUAUCCCGCGUCCUAUAGCCUUGCAGGCACCCAGCACAUGGAAGCCCUGCUGCAGUCCCUCGUGAUUGUCUUGCUCGGCUUCAGGUCUCUCUUGAGUGACCAGCUCGGCUGUGAGGUUUUAAAUCUGCUCACAGCCCAGCAGUAUGAGAUAUUCUCCAGAAGCCUCCGCAAGAACAGAGAGUUGUUUGUCCAUGGCUUACCUGGCUCAGGGAAGACCAUCAUGGCCAUGAAGAUCGUGGAGAAGAUCAGGAAUGUGUUUCAGUGUGAGGCACACAGAAUUCUCUACGUUUGUGAAAACCAGCCUCUGAGGAACUUUAUCAGUGAUAGAAAUAUCUGCCAAGCAGAGACCCGGAAAACUUUCCUAAGAGAAAACUUUGAACACAUUCAACACAUCGUCAUUGACGAAGCUCAGAAUUUCCGUACUGAAGAUGGGGACUGGUAUAGGAAGGCAAAAACCAUCACUCAGAGAGAAAAGGAUUGUCCAGGAGUUCUCUGGAUCUUUCUGGAUUACUUUCAGACCAGUCACUUGGGUCACAGUGGCCUUCCCCCUCUCUCAGCACAGUAUCCAAGAGAAGAGCUCACCACAGUAGUUCGCAAUGCAGAUGAAAUAGCCAAGUACAUACAACAAGAAAUGCAACUAAUUAUAGAAAAUCCUCCAAUUAAUAUCCCCCAUGGGUAUCUGGCAAUUCUCAGUGAAGCUAAAUGGGUUCCAGGUGUUUCAGGCAACAAAAAGAUUAUUAAAAACUUUACUUUGGAGCAAAUAGUGACCUAUGUGGCAGACACCUGCAGGUGCUUCUUUGAAAGGGGCUAUUCUCCAAAGGAUGUUGCUGUGCUUGUCAGCACCGUGACAGAAGCGGAGCAGUAUCAGUCUAAGCUCUUGAAAGCAAUGAGGAAGAAAAUGGUGGUGCCGCUCAGUGAUGCAUGUGAUAUGUUGGGUGAUCACAUUGUGUUGGACAGUGUCCGGCGAUUCUCAGGCCUGGAAAGGAACAUAGUGUUUGGGAUCCAUCCAAGGACAGCUGACCCAGCUAUCUUACCCAAUAUUCUGAUCUGUCUGGCUUCCAGGGCAAAACAGCACCUAUAUAUUUUUCUGUGAAGUGACUAUUAGGAAGAACUCCAAACCAAAAUGCGAUGUAAAUGUCUAUGGGUGACAGUCUGCUGAUGGUAGAAACCUUUCUUUUUAGUUCACAAGUCAGUUAGGGAUUUGGAUGGAGCUGACACAGAGAGUUUGGAGCUCCCCGAUUUCUGGCUCUCCUUUCAGGGGUUCCUUCCCCAACUCUUUUCAGCAGCGGUGGCUGCCCCCCAUUCUGACCCCUGACUCUUGCAGCCAGAAAGACGGUGGUUUUCUAGAGGAACUUUAGCUGUCCUGCACAAUGCAGACCUGUGUCUUGCUCUCUGGGUAAAAGCCAUAAAAAUAAGAAACUCAGCCUGUGGCCUUUCUUUCUUCCAAGGCUGGGCUUCUUUUUGUAAGUGACUUCAUGUAGUUUGUUGCUUUUAAAAAUUUGUCCAGAAUUGUUUUCUGCAGAAGCAUGGUCUGUUAGGAGCUUACAGGCCAUAGGAGAAGCAAUUGUUUCCUGAAUUUAUCUUUGCUGUAUUCAUUUAGGGCUUGGGAGAGUCCCAAGAUAAUUCAGUCACUGUCAGAUUAAUCAUUUUGGCAGAACAAACAAUAUUGUUAUGAUUAUUUAAUCCUUAAAAUUGUGAUCUCCAGAGUUUGUUAUCAGAAUAGCCCAGACCAAGGCUUAAUUGUAAUAGUGAACAUUAAUGGUACCUUUACAGAGAAAUUAUAGGCCAAGAGAAAAUGCUGGCUUUCAGUAGAAGUUAAUAUUAGAAACCCAAAUCUGGUUCUGAAAUUGUGUAUCAGAUGUACGGUGAACAAACUUGGGAAAGAUUUUCUUUAAAAAUCAGUGAGCCUUGACCAGGCACGGUGGCUCACACCUGUAAUCCCAGCUGUUUGGGAGGCUGAGGCAGGUGGAUCCCCUGAGGUCAGGAGUUCAAGACCAGCCUGGCCAACAUGGAGAAACCCCGUCUCUACUAAAAAUACAAAAAUUAGCAGGGCAUGGUGGUGCAUGCUUGUAUCCCAGAUACUUGGGAGGCUGAAGCAUGAGAAUCACUUGAAUCCUGGAGGCAGAGGUUGCAGUGAGCUGAGAUCAUGACACUGUACUCCAGCCUGGGCAACAGAGUGAGACUGUCUCAAAAAGAAGAAGAAGAAAAAAAAUGCAGUGAGUUUAUGUUGUUACAUUGUAACAUCUCAGCGUAGCUGUAUGCAUUACUCUAUAGCAUACCUACUUAAGUUUUAUGUCAUUCUUGAACUGUGAUUUUUUUUUCUAUUUGCUUUCAUAGUUUGGUGGGCCAUUGUUAUGGACUGAAUGUUUGUGUCCCAUCCUCACCCCUAAAUUCCCAUUUUGAAGCCCCAACCUUCACUGUGGAGCUGGGGCUGCUAAGGAAGUAAUUAAGGUUACACGAAGUCACAGUGGAGAAUCUGAUCUGCUAAGACUGGUGUCCUUAUAGGGAGAGACCCCAGAGAGCUUGUUCCCUUCCUCCAUGUGCAGACAAACAAGAGGGCAUGGGAGCACACAGAGAGAUGGCAGCCACCUACAAGCCAAGAGGAGAAGCCUCACAAUGAACCCCCCCCCAACCCUGCUGGCACCUAUGUCUUCGACUUCCAGCCCCCAGACUGUGAGAAAUAAAUUUCUGUUGGUUCA